UUGAAUUUUUAAGUUCGUACAUAAGUGUUCUUUAACAUAUUAAGAGCAGAAUUUAAAACGCGCUUAUUAAAUAUACUCAAUAGCGUAGUGGACUAGAACGAGGACUGUGGAGCUCAACGACGCAGGUUCAAAUCCCGUGUGAAGUGGAAAUUUUAAUUAACAAAAUGUAUAUAGUAUACAUAUAUAUCAAAUAGCAAAGAUCAGGAGUAAAUAUAGUAAGAAUAUAUUAAUUGAUAAAUAGGUAAAAAUUAAUUUUUUUAUAUACCCAUACAGCACAAAAUAUUCAGAGAAUAUUCUAAAAAUAUCAUUGACGAUAUUCUGAGGAUAUCUUGAGAACAAUGUUCCUGCGGACAUGGGAAUAUUCUGAGUAUAUUCUGAGCAUAUUAUAAUAUAUAUGGAGUAUAUCCUACGUAUAUAGGACGUGACAUUUUUAGAAUAUUCUCAGAAUAUUCUCAGAAUACCAUGUGCUAUCUGGGUCGUAGUUGCAAAAAUAGAAGCGAAAAUGCAAAAGGCACAAAUAUUAAAUUGUUCUCAUUCCCGAAAGAUGAGGAAACUGCAAUAAAAUGGAUGCAAGUGUGUAAAGAAAAAGUUGACCCCAAAAACGGUCGCAUAUGCUCUGUUCAUUUUACACCGAGCUGUUACAAAUCAAAGCCAGCUUAUUUAGCAAACUGUGAAAAUUACUCGCCACAGAAAGUACGCAAAUUAUAUGAUCAUGCACUUCCAACUGAAAAUUUGGAACCUAAAGAAAAAGAAAUGCUAAAGGAAAUGCCAAAUCAAGAAAAUAUAAUAAAUAUUAGUGAAAACACACAGAACAGGUAUGUAUUAUAUUAUGUAAAGCAUUUUCUUAUGUGAAGAUUGCAAUAAGUUAUAUUUACCAGUACUACUUUAUUUUUUAACAAAUAGCUUCAGAGAAUCCAAAACCAGUUUGAUGGACAUUUCAAUGGAAAAUGAAGCAGAGAUAUGUCUUGUACAAGUUAUUCAUAUUGUAUGAUAAGUCUAUUGUGUUAUUAAAUAUUCACUUUCAUACUGAAUAUUACGUUAUUCAAAUAAAAUAUUUAUUGCGAUAUUUAUUGACAUUGUGUUUAAAUAAACCUAUCUUAUAUCCACAAUAUUAUUAAACCUUCUGGAAAUUAAAUUGAUAAAAAUUGCGAUUUAAUUCUAUUGGCUAAUAGAAAAAGAGCAAUUUUGAAGAAUUUAUUUUGUUAUUAAAUUAAGUUUUAAUGAUAAAUAAAUCAAGAUGUCUCCCGUUUGGCCCUACAUGCUCAUUGGUUAUUAAGGAAAGAUACGCAAGAGCACACCUCCUUUUCCUUCCACCAUGGACUGCGCCAUCCAUAUGUAAAAGUGGUCGUGAAAAAAGA